GGCGCGUCGGUCCUCCUCUUGUCCUCCGUUUCCGGCGCGCGGCUCCGCAUCAGUGUCGCGGGGCUCUGAGCCGCCAGGACCGCGAGUCUCGUCUCGGUGAGGCAGUCCCGGAGUCCCCGGCGGAUCCCGCAGUACUCGAACAUAUACACUGAAGAUUGGGACAAGAUAUUUGCCUAAUUUCUGUGGCAAAAUUAAAGACCUACCAUGACAAUGAAGAAAGAGACUGAAUUUGUCAUUUUCACCUAAAGAAAGAUGAUAGACAGAAAUCAAACCUGCGGUAUAGGACAGGAUUCUGUGCCCUAUAUGACUUGUCUGAUUCACAUCCUCGAAGGAUGGUUUGGUGUGGAGCAGUUGGAGGACUAUUUGAAUUUUGCAAACUAUCUCUUGUGGGUUUUUACACCACUAAUACUUUUAAUACUUCCUUACUUUACUAUCUUUCUUCUCUAUCUUACUAUUAUUUUCUUACACAUUUAUAAGAGGAAGAAUGUAUUAAAAGAAGCCUACUCUCAUAAUUUAUGGGACGGUGCAAGGAAGACGGUGGCGACUCUCUGGGACGGACACGCAGCAGUUUGGCACGGUUAUGAAGUUCACGGGAUGGAAAAAAUACCAGAAGAAGGACCAGCACUUAUAAUUUUUUAUCAUGGAGCUAUUCCCAUAGAUUUUUACUACUUCAUGGCUAAAAUUUUUAUCCAUAAAGGCAGGACUUGCCGAGUAGUAGCCGAUCACUUUGUCUUUAAAAUCCCAGGGUUUAGUUUAUUACUUGAUGUAUUUUGUGCUCUACAUGGACCAAGAGAAAAAUGUGUUGAAAUUCUGAGGAGUGGUCACUUGUUAGCUAUUUCACCAGGUGGAGUUCGAGAAGCCCUAAUUAGUGAUGAAACCUACAACAUCAUUUGGGGUAAUCGUAAAGGCUUCGCUCAGGUUGCAAUUGAUGCAAAAGUGCCCAUUAUUCCUAUGUUUACACAAAAUAUUCGAGAAGGAUUUAGAUCACUUGGAGGAACAAGGUUAUUUAGAUGGCUUUAUGAAAAAUUCCGCUAUCCAUUUGCUCCGAUGUAUGGAGGUUUUCCUGUGAAAUUACGCACCUAUUUAGAUGGCUAGAGAUCCGAGGAUCCCCACCUUACGUCAAUGAUUUUGCAAAACCAGCCAAAACAUCUCUUCACCGUGAAGGACCCUGAUCAAGAAGCGGAAGUCGUCGUCAUUUGAAAUCAUUUUCUUCGAAACGUAGUCCGGUAACCCAAGUCCUGUAUCAUUCUAAUUUAUGAAAAAUGGGAGAAAACUAAAUGUAUUCAUAUUCGACUGAUAAGAAAUUGAACUGUUCUGUGAAAACUACGGGCAAAUACGCACGAAAAUGGAAGACUAGAGAAAGCCACGCUGAGGUGCUAAGAUGAAGUGCCUCUGCAUUUAGAUAAAGUCCUGUGUUGUUGACAGGGAUCUGUCUCCACCCACCACUUGUUUGUAGCCAUACAAGGUUUUUUGUUUCUUUUAGUUUCUCUGCACCUUGCCCCCCCUUUCUCCUCUGCUUAACUGUACAAUGCCCUCAAUUCUUCUUGCUUUCCUUGGACGACUCUUGUCCAGCUAAAAUGGCACAUCCGUUUUGGUCUUCUCUGUCCCCUUGCGAGUUGGGCUGCCAUAGACUUCUUUGUCACAUUUGUAGUUUCUUAACGUAUAUGAUCUACCAGGAGCAUUAGAGCACUGUGGUUAAGCGCUUGGGUUCCAGAGGCAACCAAACUGGGUUUGAAUGUUGCCUCUUUCGCUUCUUGUCUAUGAUAGCUUGGGCAACUCACGUGACCUCUUUGAGAAAAACAAAAACAAAAACAAAAACAACCCCAGAAAACACACAAACAGAAAACCCAGAUGUAACUCACUUGGCACAGUCCUGGUAUAUACAACUGGAUACGUGUCAUGUAUUAUUAGUCAGCAAUGGUUUGUAUCAUUGACCACUGUGUCCUUGGUUCCUUCCAGAACACUUGCCAUGUGAUACAUAGUUACUGAAUAAACCACAAAGUGUAUGAAAAGAUAAAAACAUUUUCUUGUGAUGAAGUCGCUAGAGUUCAUAGAAUAGAAGGGGUUUAAUUGAUGUAUAAAAAUGCGCCGGUGUAUUUAAAUCCCAAGCAACAAGUCCUACUAGCUAGGAAAUUAGAAUCUGUUCAAAAAUGUUUUUCUCUACUGGUAAAUCAAAAGAAUUUGAUUCCCCUAAAGAUCAGCUUUCAGGACAACACUAUGCCUAGAAUGUAGACAUAACAAAGAGAUCCCUUCUGUAAAAUGUAUUGUAUUGAGUUUUCUGCAAAUUGAAUCUAGGAAUUGUUCAUUUUUAUUGAUCACUGCCAGCAUGAGAUGCUACAAUGAGGUCUCUUAAGUGUUCCAUGACACAAUUAAAUAGAUUUUGUGAAAUCUGUGUGCAAUAACUUUUGGAAAUGAACAGUUGUAUUUCAUGUGUGUUUAAGACUGAAAAAGACUAAUUGGCCUUACAUGUAGGCAAGCAUGGUAUUGAUUAAGUUUCUUGAGAUUUGGGGUUAUAAAGCACUAUAAUAGGCUAGACAGGGACGUUGUGAAUCCCAGCGAAUGUCUUGUUUUUGUUUUGUUUUGUUUUGUUUUUAAAUAAAAGAAGAAAAAAAGGUAAUAGUACAUACAAGACAUCGUCCAUCCAUUUUCUUCUGGAAAAACUAAUUUAUUUUCCCUUGCCCAUCCAAGUCCCUAUGCACUAACCUUGAAGAUGUUAGUUUUUACAAAAAAGGGGGGUUAGAGGAUUCUUUUUAUACACCUCGUGUUGCUGUGCCUGGUACCACUUUCGUACCCUUAUUUGUCCAUUUUAACCAAACAAAAAGAGCCUCUUUUUGGUCCGUAUCUUCUGCUCAUGGCAUCAUUCAUGUGUCUUUCCUGCUGUUGCUUACCGACCUCCAGAUUUACAAUUUCCUCCUCCAAAACCUACCCCCGUGGUGACCCUUGGUCCCCUACCUGAUGGAUGAAUUGUCUACUAUUCUUUUUUUUUUUUAAAUUUAUUUAUUAUUUUUGAGA